AUGGACGGCAUGUCAAUGGCCACCACCACCACUGUCAUGGCUGCUACUGGCACCAUGAGCAUGGCUGCUACCACCAGCACCAAGGCCGCCAUGUCUGGCAUGGGAAGCAGUACCGGCUGCAAGAUCUCUAUGUUGUGGAACUGGAACGUCAUUGACAGCUGCUUCAUCAGCAGCCAAUGGAAGAUUACCUCCAACGGCAUGUUUGCCGGCUCAUGUAUCGGGGUUAUUCUCCUGGUCAUGGUUCUUGAGGCUCUUCGCCGCGCCACCAAGGAGUACGACAGAUACCUCAUCAAGGCCCACAAGCAGCAAUACGCCAACGCCGGUGCCGUCUCCCCGAGCUCCGCUAGCGCCGACGACCACGGCAAAGGCCCCUCCGGCUCCGCCGCCGCUAUCGCCGCAAACGUCGUCCCGCCUUUCCGCCCCAACGUUCUGCAGCAAGCCGUCCGCGCACUCAUCCACAUGUGCCAAUUCGCCGUCGCUUACUUUGUCAUGCUUCUUGCCAUGUACUAUAACGGUUACCUCAUCAUCUGCAUCUUCAUCGGUUCCUACAUCGGUGCCUUCCUGUUCCAAUGGGAGACUAUUUACGAUGGCCCCACCUCUGCUGCCAGCGAGGCCACCCGAAUUCCGAUGCCCAACCCCUUCUCCUCCCCUUCGUCAAGUUCGCUUGCUCAACCCUCUUCCCUCUCCGACGAGUCCCGCACUCUCCCAGGUCUCAACAUCUGGCUGCAAACCAUCCCGACCACUUUCUCCAUACAGACUUUUGCAAUGGCUAUCACCGAAAUUCAUACCAAGAAGCUCAGCCCCGGCUUCGGGAUCGAAGCACAUAACUUUCCAUUUCAACCUGACACACUCGAUCAAAGCGCUCGCCUGAUUCAAGAUCUUGUCAAAAAGCACGGCUUCCUCGUCAUCCGCAAAAGCGGCCUUACAGACGAAACCCACGUCGCCCUAGCCCGACAUCUCGGCGAGCUAGACGAUGUCAAGCCCUACAACAAAGCGGGUCGUAUCAACCGCCUCCAGUACGACGAGCUCUUUGACGUAGGAAACAUCGAGGCAGACGGUUCCAUCGUCGACCCCAAAUCCCCGCGUGCCCAGGCUGGGUUGGGUAAUGCUCUCUUUCACGUCGAUUCGAGUUUCAAUCCUAGGCGGGCGGGCUAUUCCAUGCUCCUGGCACAUGAGUUGCCUCCCCAGGGUACAGGUGGAAGCACAGAGUUUUGCGAUACCAGGGCUGCGUGGGAUGGGCUGGAUGAGGAUAUGAAGGCGGAGUUGACGGAGAAAGACUACGUUGCUUGCCAUUCUAUCCUGCAUUCCAAGAAACUCGCGGCCCCGGAGCACUUUGCGAACAUUGAACCCGCAGACUAUCCGAUGGGACGACACAAGCUAGUGCAAAAACAUGAAGCUUCCGGACGGAUGAACCUUUAA